AUGUUUCUUAGAGAGCCUGCUCGCCGCUCUUCUCGCCAAGCUACUAUUCAAAGCAGGAAAUCAUCACCCAAGGCCGAACCAGAUGAACUCAUACUCAUGUAUCCUCCAUCGGGCACUGGUGCGCUAAAUAUCAUGAAAUCGGACUUGGCUCGACUGGGCCCUAGCGAGUUCCUCAACGACACUUUGAUAGAGUUUGGACUGAAACUUUGGUUGUCGGAACUACGCGAGAAGAACAAGGCCUUGGCGGAUGACAUUCACAUUUUCAGCUCCUUUUUUUACAAGAAGCUGCACAACCGGAAGGACUCUACUGAAGGAUAUCAGAGUGUGAGGAAAUGGACGGCAAAGUUUGAUCUCUUCUCGAAGAAAUAUGUUAUUGUGCCGAUUAAUGAGAAGUAA